GAAAUGUACGUCAUGCAAGCACUUUCGCGCCACUCGGUGUGUGUUUGGUAGGAAGCUUCGUAAACGUGAGUGUUCAAGAUGUCUUCCCCAUCCUCAAGCGCCCGCAAGCGUGCCAGGAGCAGCAACCCUCCUACUCCUGCUAGUGAGGACCCUCUCUCCCCAUCACCACGGCCCCGUGAGCCCUCCACAGGAGAAUUGCAGCCCAUGCCCACGUCACCAGGCACAGACAUGCAGAGCCCCGCCAUCCAAGACACUUCACUCUUCUCCAGCCCAGUGGCUCGUCGCUCUGUUCCACAGAGUGAAGUGGAUAUGAGCUCUCCACUUAUAUAUGAUACACCAAGCCGUGGAACCCCAGCCCGCCAGAGGCCUGACCUAGGCUCUGUCAGAAAGGCUCCGCAAGUGGACCUCAACUCUGAGCCUCCAUCUGGAGAUGCCACAGUAGCUAGCGAACAGACUGCUGGCCAGAGACUUGUCAUCUGGGGCACUGAUGUCAAUGUAGGAAACUGCAAGGAGAAGUUUCAGCGUUUCCUGCAGCGAUUCAUUGACCCCAGCUCCCGUGAGGAUGAGAAUGCUAGUCUGGAUCUGAAUGAGCCACUCUACAUGCAGAAACUUGAUGAGAUCAGUGUUGUUGGGGAUCCUGUGUUAAACGUAAACUGUGGCCACAUUCAGGCCUUUGAUGCCGACCUGUACCGCCAGCUCAUCUGUUACCCUCAAGAAGUAAUCCCCACCUUUGAUAUGGCCGUAAACGAGCUGUUCUUUGAUCGUUACCCUGAUUCUGUCCUGGAGCACCAGAUCCAAGUGCGCCCCUACAACGCUUUGAAAACUAGAAACAUGCGCAGUCUCAACCCUGAAGACAUUGACCAGCUCAUCACUAUAAGUGGCAUGGUGAUCCGCACCUCUCAGCUGAUUCCAGAAAUGCAGGAGGCUUUUUUCCGCUGCCAAGUGUGUGCUUUCAGCACACGUGUGGAAGUUGACCGAGGCCGCAUCGCAGAGCCUGCAGUUUGUCGCAACUGCAACACCACACACAGCAUGGCACUGGUGCACAACCGUUCAGUCUUCUCUGACAAGCAAAUGAUCAAACUUCAGGAGUCUCCAGAGGAUAUGCCGGCUGGUCAGACACCCCACACCACAGUGGUGUAUGCACACAAUGACUUGGUGGACAAAGUGCAGCCGGGAGAUCGUGUCAAUAUCACAGGAAUUUAUAGAGCAGCGCCCAUGCGUGUUAACCCACGGCAGAGCCAAGUGAAGUCAGUGUACAAGACUCACAUCGAUGCUAUCCACUUCCGGAAGACAGAUGAGCGUCGUCUGCAUGGCCUGGAUGAGGAGAACGAGCAGAAGCUUUUUACAGAAGAGCGGGUGGCUAUGCUCAAAGAGCUUGCUGCUAAGCCAGAUGUUUAUGAACGGCUCUCUUCGGCCCUUGCACCUAGCAUCUACGAGCAUGAGGACAUCAAAAAGGGAAUACUGCUACAGCUCUUUGGUGGAACACGGAAAGACUUUAGUCAAACAGGCCGUGGCAACUUCCGUGCUGAGAUCAACAUCCUGCUGUGUGGUGACCCAGGCACUAGCAAGUCCCAGCUUCUGCAGUAUGUGUACAAUCUGGUGCCACGUGGACAGUACACUUCUGGCAAGGGUUCGAGCGCUGUGGGUCUCACUGCCUACGUAAUGAAGGACCCAGAGACUCGGCAGCUGGUGCUGCAGACUGGUGCGCUGGUUCUCAGUGACAAUGGAAUCUGCUGCAUUGAUGAGUUCGACAAAAUGAGUGACAGUACCCGCUCUGUGCUGCAUGAAGUCAUGGAGCAGCAAACUCUCUCCAUCGCUAAGGCUGGGAUCAUCUGUCAGCUAAAUGCACGGACCUCCAUCCUAGCAGCAGCCAAUCCAGUGGAGUCACAGUGGAACCCCAAAAAGACAACCAUUGAGAAUAUCCAGCUCCCUCACACACUCCUCUCCAGGUUUGAUCUGAUCUUCCUGAUGCUGGACCCUCAGGAUGAGGCGUACGACAGGCGUCUUGCACACCACCUGGUUUCUCUUUACUACCAGAGUGAGGAGCAAAUAGAGGAGGAGUAUCUGGACAUGGCUGUUCUGAAGGAUUAUAUCGCCUAUGCCCGCACAUACAUCAACCCAAGACUCAGUGAAGAAGCCAGCCAGGCACUUAUUGAGGCCUAUGUGGACAUGAGGAAAAUUGGCAGUGGUAGGGGUAUGGUGUCUGCUUACCCACGGCAGCUGGAGUCCUUGAUCCGGCUGGCUGAGGCCCAUGCUAAAGUCCGCUUCUCAGACAAAGUGGAGACCGUUGAUGUGGAGGAGGCCAAGAGGCUCCACAGAGAAGCCCUUAAACAGUCUGCCACAGAUCCCAGGACAGGCUUUGUGGACAUCUCCAUCCUCACCACAGGUAUGAGUUCCACAGCACGUAAGCGUAAAGAGGAAGUGGCACAGGCCCUGAAGAAACUUAUCCAGUCAAAGGGCAAAAUGCCGGCCAUGAAGUACCAGCAGCUGUUUGAUGAUCUCCGUGGCCAGUCAGAGGCUGCCAUCACCAAGGACAUGUUUGAUGAGGCACUCAGAGCACUCACUGAUGAGGACUACUUGACAGUCACAGGGAAGACUGUCCGUCUGCUGUAAAUAUGCACAAAAGAUGAAUUUGUUCUCCUGAUAAACUGGUUUUGUCCCUGUUUGACUAUAAAACAAUAAUUGUGCUUGCAUGAAUAUGUAUUGUGGUCUGCAAUAAAUAGUUGUUGGUUGAA